AUGUGGUUCAUGUAUGCAUUAUCUUGGGUUUCAUUUAUUCUUAUUGCUAUCUGUUUGACUAUCGCUGUUGCAGCUGGUAUGUAUUAUGUUGCUGAACUUAUUGAAGAAUAUACAUCCAUUGCAAAACGUAUUAUACGUCUUAUACUUAUUACUGUUACAAUACUUAAUAUUUGCCUGUUUUUAUUUGAAACACAAUUUACAUGGACACUUUGUAUUAUUGGACUUAUAUCAAAUAUAAUCUAUUUUUUUAUCUUAGCAGAUUUUCCUGUUAUUGGUUUCCUGUCACCAACAUUUCUUUUUUCUAUGCUUCUAUUAGUCAUCCAUCAUUAUUUUGCAUUUUCAUUUUUUAAUAGUCAUUAUUAUCCAUUUCCAGAAAUACUUUCCUAUUUUACAAUAUUUGUUUGGAUGGUACCAUUUUGUUUUGUAUUAUCAUUAUCAGCAAAUGAUUAUGUUUUACCACAAUAUGCUGAUAAACAACGUGAUCAAUAUAAUCAAGAUCCUAUGCUUAAUAAUGGUGGUGAUGUUGUAACAAAUUAUUUUAAAAAACGAGCUAACAAAGUUGGACUUUUAGCAUGUAUGCGAUCAAUACAAGAUACAAUUUUACCAACAAGAAAUAAGAAAUUCUAA